GGCACACAUUCAAAUAAUACAGAGCAAGGGCAGCGUUCAUAUCGAGACGAGCUGGGAUCUUGUGGAGCUGAUUUUGAAGCGAGAAGGAGACGAGACAGACAAGUGCUGGAGCUGGGGCAGGAUGGUGACAGGAUGCUUUCUGAUAUCCUAUGUUUGGAUGAUUCGGUAGAGGGCAGAGGGCAUUAAGAGUCGUACCUGUGAGGCCGCCUGCAGGGAAAUGUGCUGAAAUACGAGCUUUCCAUUGGAAACCGGUGGAUAGAGGCGGAUGAGGAGGAUGCUGCAGUGACGUUUGAGAAGAAGCUGUGUUUGCAUAGAUCAUAUCAGGCUGUCAGUGUGGGGUAGUGCUGGAGGCUGCGGGGCUGCAGUGUGCUGUGGGAAGUUCCUGAGAGGGCAGAGUGGCAGUCACACACAGAGAGACACUUGUACAGAAAGCGGAUUUGCGCUCUUUCACGGAAGGAUAUAAAACACAUCUCACACCUCUGCCUCUUUGCACGGGCGCGUCCGUUGUGGCUGCGCCUCAGGGAUUUGAAGGAGGUGGGCGACUGGAGUUGGGGCUGGAGUGAUGGUGGUGGUGUGGCUGCCUCAGGAGUGGGCCUGGCAGGCUGUUCUCCUGGUGACUGGACUAGCAUCACUGAGCCGUGGGUCUAAUGCCAACAUGUUGGACACCAUGCUGCUGAAGAACGGAUGGAAGGGGGGAUCGGAGCGGAGGGCAGAGGAGAGCAGCAGCACAGCCACAGUGUCGGCUCAGAACAUGCUUCGGUGCCACUGCUACCACCACUGCCCAGAGGACUCUGUCAACAACACCUGCAUGACUGAUGGUUACUGCUUCACCAUGGUGGAGGAGGAGGAGGAGGGGGGUGUGGCAGUACUCACUGCAGGUUGUUUGGGUCUUGCUGGUUUCGAGUUCCAGUGCAGAGACACGUGGAAUGCUCGUUUGAGGAGAUCCGUUAAGUGUUGCACAGAUCAGGAUUAUUGCAACAGAGACUUGCAUCCUACUAUUCCUCCACUCAUGACAUCAGAUUACGUGGACAGCAGUAUCCAGUACAUGGCUCUCUUCAUUUCAAUCACAGUUUGCAGUAUCAUCCUUGGUCUCAUCCUCAUCUUCUGCUACUUCAGAUAUAAGCGGCAGGAAUCACGCCCACGCUACAGUAUUGAUCUGGAGCAGGAGGAGAGCUACAUCCCCGCUGGGGAGUCCCUGAAGGACCUGAUUGAGCAUUCCCGCAGCAUCGGGUCUGGGUCAGGGUCAGGACUCCCUCUACUGGUGCAGCGCACAAUCGCCAAACAGAUUCAGAUGGUUAAGCAGAUUGGAAAAGGCCGAUACGGAGAGGUCUGGAUGGGCAAGUGGAGAGAGGAGAGAGUGGCUGUCAAAGUCUUCUUCACCACAGAAGAAGACAGCUGGUUCAGAGAGACUGAAAUAUAUCAGACCUUCCUGAUGAGACAUGACAAUAUACUGGGAUUCAUAGCAGCAGAUAUUAAAGGAACCGGCUCGUGGACUCAGCUCUACUUAAUUACGGACUACCACGAGAAUGGAUCUUUAUACGACUACCUCAAGUCCAACACCUUAGACGUGAAGGCUCUGUUGAAACUGGCCUACUCUUCCAUAUCAGGCCUCUGUCACCUGCACACUCAGAUCCAUGGCACACAGGGCAAACCAGCCAUCGCACACAGAGACCUGAAGAGUAAAAACAUCUUGGUAAAAAAGAACGGAUUCUGCUGUAUAGCAGACCUUGGACUGGCUGUCAAGUUUAACAGUAACACCGACGAGGUGGAUAUACCUCCCAACCUACGGGUUGGUACGAAGCGCUAUAUGCCCCCUGAAGUGUUGGAAGAGACCCUGAACAAGACCCAGUCUUUUAUAAUGGCUGACAUGUACAGUUUUGGCCUCAUUGUUUGGGAGAUGGCCCGACGUUGCAUUUCUGGAGGCAUUGUGGAGGAGUAUCAGCUGCCCUAUCAUGACCUCGUGCCUACUGAUCCGUCCUAUGAGGAGAUGAAAGAAGUUGUCUGUAUUAAGAAACAAAGACCUUCAUUUGCUAAUCGCUGGACUAGUGAUGAGUGUUUACGGCAGAUGGGAAAACUGAUGUCUGAGUGUUGGGGUCACAACCCGACCAGUCGCCUCACAGCCCUGAGGGUGAAGAAGACCCUGGCGAAGAUGUUAGAGACCCAAGACAUCAAACUGUGACAGAGAGUUAAGAGAGAAGCUCUCAUCACCAGAGACUUGCCACUUACACUGGCCGAUAAAAGAAAGGUGGGAAAAAAAGACUGAAAGAUCGGACAAAGGAAACCAACAGCGAAGGAUGAGUGACAGAGAUAAUGGUUGACAGGGAGCCAGAAAAAUGAGGCAAAAGAUUUAUUAUGUCGGGGGAGAUCCUCUCCCACCCAUUGUAUGAGCCGCCUCUGCCUCAGGCCAAGUGUUCGGGUUGUGCUUUCUGUGAAAGCGGAGUGGUUGUCAGGUCCAAACUGCCCAGAUGUGCAGCCAGACAGGGACUGUUGCAGGAGAGGAGCACUAGUAUCCCUCUGCUUAGUUCUAAACAGAGGAAGCCUCUGCUCUACCCUUCUAAAGCCAUAUGUGCAGUCUUUUGUACUGUCACAGCUGUCUUCACAUUUCUUUUUGGACUCGGUCACUGUCAACUCCGUCCAUCAAAAGAAAUGUCUAAUUCACGAUCAGUGACCUCAUGAUCAAUGUUAUUAAUAUUAUUAUUACAGAACAAUGCAGAGUAAGACUAAAAUAAUGAUAAAACAUGUCUAGCAAAAACAGAGUUUUCUUUAUCGUGUUCAUAUGCACAUUUUAUAUUAAUAUUAAAAAAGGACUUCUGCAUAAAACACUUGUCAGACUAAUUUGUGAAUUUUUGAUUGUCCUUCAGACCUGAGGCCGAGGCUUUGCUCUCCCUCGUCGUCUCUUCUUUCCACUUGCAUAUAAUUUAGCUGACAUCUGUCGAUUGCCUUGCUGGAUGUUAAAAUGUGUAUUUGAUGAAUUAUCUGUGUACAGAAUAUGUCCCGUCCACUCCACCACUACGGCAUGUGCCUUAUUUAAUCUGUACAUAUGUGAUCGAUGAGUGUAUGAGUGGAUCUGGAGAACAUUCCCAAAUAAAAUGACUAUGCAUCUCGA